CUUUUAGUUUGGAUGCUGAGCAACCCGAUUAUGACUUGGAUUCAGAAGAUGAGGUCUUUGUGAAUAAGUUGAAGAAAAGAAUGGACAUUUCUCCUUUGCAAUUUGAGGAGAUGAUAGACCGACUAGAGAAGGGCAGUGGUCAACAGCCGGUCAGCCUGCAAGAGGCCAAGCUGUUGCUGAAGGAAGAUGAUGAAUUGAUCAGAGAAGUGUAUGAGUACUGGAUUAAAAAGAGGAAAAACUGUCGAGGUCCCUCUCUUAUCCCAGCAGUGAAACAAGAGAAGCGAGAUGGUUCCAGCACAAACGAUCCCUAUGUUGCUUUUAGAAGACGAACAGAAAAGAUGCAGACACGAAAA